AUGAUCUCCAGCAUAGGCCAGAUAGAGACCACUUUCAAGGAUGAGCGUCGGGCUCAUGUGCUCGAGGUCGAUGCAGUGCGAGGGGAGGCAGAGAAGAAGCUGUCCGAAGCAUGGAGUGUACAGCGAGAGCUGCGUACCGAGCUGGAGAGUGCGAAUGCUAGGCUUUCUCUCAUGGUGGAGGAGAGCCAGAGUCAGAGGAAACAGCUCGAGGUGGCUCAGCGAGAACGUGAAGCUGCUUGGGAAGCAUUGAAAGCGAAAGAGAAGGAGCUGGCUGUUGCCCACGAGAUGAGGAGGAAGGAGGCUAAGUUGGCAGAGGAACGAUACGAGUCUCUGGAGGAACGCAGUCAGCAGGAGUUGACGGCCGAGAGAGAUCAUCGUCGGGUGGAAGGCGAGGCGGCUCGUGUGGAGGAGGCCAGGCUGAUGAAAUGUAUAGGGGACAAGGAGAAGACGAUAAGCGAGGUAUCACUCGUGAAGAUGUGGGCAAGCAUCGAGCAAUAUCGAGAGAAUAUGGCGACGAUCAAGGCAAAGGCUAUCAGGACGGCCGAGGAACAAAGGCGAGAUAUAAAAGCUGA